GAGAGAAACUAGAGAGAGAAAGAGACCAAACUAGUGUAGAAGAAACAGAGACGCUGUGUGUGUUUCUCUCUCUCUCUCUCUCUGUGUGUGUGUGAGAGAGAGUGUGUGUGAACUCAGAAAAUCCGAACCUAGUUUCACACCCUUUUGAUCGGAACCUCUCAUUCUGUGUUCGGCUUUCCGAAGCUUUUUUCAGAUUGCACCGUUUUUCCACGUUUGGUCCGUACAAUGGAGCGGUACGGCCGAGCCAGCGAAGGGUCGCAGUCUGAUCCGUCGCCGGAAUGGACCGUCACCGGCGGAGAGACGGGCCUUGAAGAGUCUGUGUGGGGACCGGGAUUGGGUGUUGGCGAAUCGUACCCUCAACGACCCGAUGAGGCUGAUUGUAUCCACUUUCUGAGAACAGGUUAUUGCGGUUAUGGCCCGCGGUGUCGGUUCAAUCAUCCCCAUGACCGUGGCGCGGUUAUUGGAGCUGCGAGGACUGGAGUGGAGUAUCCAGAACGAGUAGGACAGCCUGUGUGCCAGUAUUAUAUGAGGACAAGAUCCUGCAAAUUUGGUGCAUCGUGCAAGUACCACCAUCCUAGGCAGGCAGCAGGAACUGCUACCCCCGUGUCACUAAAUUAUUAUGGAUAUCCAUUGAGAAUGGGUGAGAAAGAGUGUUCCUAUUAUGUGAAGACGGGACAAUGCAAGUUUGGUGCAACUUGUAAAUUCCAUCAUCCACAGCCUGCGGGCAUCCAAAUUCCAGCAGCACAAGUUCCCCCAGUUUCACCUCUGCCUGUACCAGUACCUUCACCAAUGUAUCCAACUGUACAGCCUCCAUCUGGUCCUUCAUCACAACAAUAUGGUUUACUGGUGGCAAGGCCGCCUCUGCUACCUGGCUCAUUAGUCCAUGGCCCCUAUGGGCCUGUGGUAGUGUCCCCUGCCAUGCUCCCCUUUUCAGGCUGGGGUCCUUAUCAGGGUCCUGCAUCAAGCCCUGUACUUCCUUCUAGUACUCCGUCUAAUGUUGGUUCAACGCAACCUUAUGGGAUAACCCAUCUACCUUCGUUGGCGACUGCCUAUGCUGGUCCUUAUCAACCUUCUGAUUCCUCCUAUGCUGGUCCUUAUCAACCUUCUGAUUCCUCAAUUGGUCCUUUGGGCAGUAGUCAGAAGGAGCACUCAUUUCCAGAAAGGCCUGAUCAACCAGAAUGUCAUUAUUACAUGAAAACAGGGGAGUGUAAAUUUGGUCCAUCAUGUAGAUAUCAUCAUCCACCUGAUAUGAAUGCAUCAAGAGUGAAUGUGAACCUUAGUCCUGUGGGUCUUCCUUUGCGCCCGGGAGCAGCACUUUGUACUCAUUAUACACAGCGUGGAAUUUGUAAGUUUGGUUCUGCUUGCAAAUUUGAUCAUCCUAUGGGAUCACUAAGAUAUAGUCCAUCUGCUUCUUCCCUUGCUGAUAUGCCGGUUGCACCCUAUCCUGUUGGUUCCACAAUUGGUACACUUGCCCCAUCAUCUUCAUCGUCAGAGUUGCGGCCUGAACUUGCCUCAGGAUCAAACAAGGAGUCUGUUUCAUCUAGAAUGUCUUCAUCAAUGAGCACAUCGACUGAAUCAGUUGGCUUGACCUCGUCAACUAUUGGACCCAUUUCUCAAUCAAGCACCCAACCAUCUGCUCAGAGUUCAAGUCCUUUAGCAACCACCAAUGCCACCACGAGUAGCACUGUCUCUCACACCUCAAGCUAAGCAAUGUGAAUGCAUUCCUCAUUAUUACUCCUUUUUAUCUCAAUUUUUCAACCGGACAUCAUUAUUCAAAAAGGUCCUCAAAUAGGUCUCAUUUUUCAGUUAUCCCAGUUCCACAUUCAGGUCUAUUACACAAUGCACCAUAUAUCUUUGUGUUCAUAUAAUCUUUUUGUGGCCAUCCCUUUGAGCUUGAAUAAACCAUGGCCAGCCUUGAGAAUUUUAGCAACCCAUACACGUACCUUGCUUUUGAAUAACUUCAAAAGAAUCUUCAAGUCCUUUAUGCACACGUCCAUCCUCAUCUCCAAUUUUCGUAGUUUGUUGUGCUUAUUUAUGCUUCAUCUUUUUUGGUAUGGGAAAAAAUCUGUCCAGAGUUUCAUUGACCACGUGUUCUCUUCACCUGAACCCUUUUUCUUUUUGCAUUUGGGAAUGAUAUUCUAAUUCUGCUUUGAAGGUCCUGUUAAAGCCACUGUUCCCAACUUAUCUAAGGUUUACCACGAAGAGAAGUAAUCAGGAGAAUACAAUGAAGGCUUCACAUUUUCGAUACACAGUGAUGUUAUGACAAGUGAAAUGCUUGACAUGGUACUAAAUUUAUUACAGAAUACAUAUAUGAAGAAACACAUUUAAAUUAACACAUUUGAAUGUGUAAUAAUAUUUUACUUGGUCAUGCUUUCGUGGGAGAUCAGGUGAUUUU